CACUGCCCGACUGCACUGCACAAGAAUCACAACCACACUCACUCCCAUUUAAAGGUCCCAUCACUGCAUCACUCCUCGUUACCUUUUCGGCCCUUCCUAGUCUCAAGAACCUCUCUGUCGGUUCUGUUCUCGGAAUCUCAGAUCCGAACGACGGAGCAGGAAGAUGAAGGUGGUAGAUAAGAUUAGAGCUCUUGUGGAGGACCAAAACAAGGUCGUUUUCUCCUUCGAGUACUUUCCCCCCAAGACUGAGGAUGGAGUGGACAACCUGUUCGAGAGGAUGGAUCGGAUGGUGGCGCAUAAUCCUGCAUUCUGCGACAUCACCUGGGGAGCCGGUGGCUCCACCGCCGAUCUCACCCUCGACAUUGCCAACAAGAUGCAGAACAUCGUCUGUGUCGAGACCAUGAUGCAUCUCACCUGUACCAACAUGCCUGUCGAGAAGAUCGACCACGCGCUUGCGACUAUCAAGUCCAAUGGCAUCCAGAACGUUCUCGCUCUCCGCGGAGAUCCGCCUCACGGCCAGGACAAGUUCGUCCAGGUUCAAGGUGGAUUCGCGUGCGCUCUCGAUCUGGUGCAACACAUCAGAAGAGAAUAUGGUGAUUACUUUGGUAUUACUGUUGCUGGCUAUCCAGAGGCGCAUCCUGAAGUUAUUGGGAGCAAUGGAGUCGCUUCGCCGGAAGCUUAUCAGAAGGACCUCGAAUACUUGAAGCGAAAGGUCGAUGCUGGUGCUGAUUUGAUUAUUACUCAAUUGUUCUAUGAUACUGACAUCUUCCUGAAGUUUGUGAAUGACUGCCGCCAAAUUGGAAUUAAAUGCCCUAUUGUUCCCGGGAUUAUGCCAAUUAAUAACUACAAGGGCUUCUUGCGUAUGACUGGGUUCUGUAAAACCAAGAUACCAGCUGAGAUUACUGCUGCCUUGGAGCCUAUCAAAGACAGUGAAGAAGCUGUCAAAUCCUAUGGGAUUCACCUUGGAACAGAGAUGUGUAAGAAGAUUUUAGCUCAUGGGAUUAAGACUCUGCAUCUAUAUACGCUGAACAUGGAGAAGUCAGCACUAGCUAUAUUAGUGAACCUUGGUUUGAUUGAAGAAUCAAAAAUUUCUAGGUCAUUGCCUUGGAGGCGCCCUACAAAUGUUUUCCGUGUUAAAGAAGAUGUUCGCCCAAUAUUUUGGGCUAAUCGUCCAAAGAGCUAUAUAACAAGAACUUUAGGCUGGGAACAAUAUCCCCAUGGCCGAUGGGGUGAUUCUCACAAUCCGUCAUAUGGAGCACUCUCUGACCAUCAGUUCAUGCGUCCACGUUCACGUGACAAGAAACUUCAAGAAGAAUGGGUUACUCCCCUGAAAAGCAUUGAGGAUAUCCAAGAGAAAUUCAAGCAGUUUUGUCUUGGCGAAUUGAGAAGUAGUCCUUGGUCAGAAUUAGAUGGGCUUCAACCAGAGACAAAGAUCAUUAACGAACAGCUGGAAAAGAUCAACUUGAAGGGCUUCCUCACUAUCAACAGCCAACCAGCAGUCAAUGGAGAAAGAUCUGAUUCUCCAUCUGUCGGUUGGGGAGGACCCGGUGGCUAUGUUUACCAGAAGGCUUAUCUGGAAUUUUUCUGCUCCAGGGAUAAGUUGAAUGCACUUGUUGAGAAGUCCAGGGCUUUCACGUAUCUAACCUACAUUGCUAUCAACAAAGAAGGGUCAUUUAUAUCAAAUGUUGGUCUUGGUGAUGUGAAUGCUGUAACUUGGGGAGCCUUCCCAGCCAAGGAGAUCAUUCAACCAACUGUAGUGGAUCCUAACAGCUUCAUGGUGUGGAAGGAUGAAGCAUUUGAAAUCUGGUCUAGGUCUUGGGCUAACUUAUAUCCAGAGGAUGACCCAUCUAAGAAAUUGCUUGAAGAGGUGCAGAGCAGCUACUAUUUGGUCAGCUUGGUGGAUAACGAUUACAUCAAUGGUGAUAUCUUUGCCGCUUUUGCUGAUCUCUAAGAUGAGUUAUUAUUACUACCACACGCCAUCACACUUGAAGCAUUCUCAUUAUGAUCUCUAGUUUCAAUUGGCAUGGGAUGCAUUUCUUAAUCUGCAAUUUUCUUUAUUUGUAAUAAUAACUCAUUGGGGUUUUGAUGUGUCCCCUUCUUCAUGUUCAAAUUACAUUUGAACUGGUUAUCUAAAGCAAAUGUAAAAUCCAUUUGAUUUAUUUCCUGUAAUCCAUUAUCUCAAAUUUUCUGGUGUAUAGGGAUACUUCUAGGGUUAUGUAUUUUCAUGUAACAGGUGAAUAACGUAUUAUGUGAAAAACGUAAAGAGGUUUUUUGUUUGCGUAAGCUAGGAUUUUAUCG